AUGAAGCUAGCAAGAACAGAUACGACGCUACUCCUCCAAGAAGGCGAGAUGGGCGUAGGAGAGCAGGACAAAGCUCCAACUCCACGACUCACCGCUCUCGACGAGGAAGACCGGGGCACGGAUCCAGAGAGUAUGACUUCAAUUUCCGAGGAUUGCGAUGACGCCGAAUUGGAGAAGGGUGUUCCAGCAAUUGAUUUCAAAUCAGAGGUCUCAUCGCACGAUGAUGAGGAAAUGGUGACUGACAGUGAUCGGGAGUCAGAUUCUGGCGAAGACGCCGAGGAAUACGACGAUGAGAUGAUGGAGUGGGACCCUCGAAAGCCUGUGGAGGAUGACAAGGAAGUGAUCAUACCCCAAGUCCCCAUCGAGUUGGUUCUGAAGGCCCACCUCGAUUACCUUCAUGCCGCUCACACCGCCGCCAUGAGCCAUGUCAAAGCCCUCACGGAGGUUCGCUUGCUCUUGGCUAAGCAGCAGUCGGCAAUCAGAACGGCUAUGUGGGUGAAGAGAACCUCCAAUGCAACGCACCGUCGGAAGGAAUCCUGA